AUGGUACCAUUUACUGGACGCUGCACAUUCUCUCAGUAUGCUCCAAACAAACCGCGCCCUUUGGGAAUUAAAAACUUUGUUUUGGCAACAACGAAAGGUUUAGUACUUGAUUUUGAAUUUUACCAAGCUUUGCCAUUAUUGCAACAGUUACUUGACCUAUGGCUGGAAGGAACAGGAACCGUAAUGAAAAACAGAGUGAAACCAGUUCACCUGACAGAAGCAACGAGACUGAAGAGAGGAGAUAUGGAAGAAUUCUACAGGGAUGAUGAUAAAAUAGUCACCUUCCAGUGGAAAGAUUCAAAAUCUGUGACCCUUGCCUCUACUUUUACAGGAUGUGAACCUGUAAGCAAUGUUGAGAGAUGGAGUAAACCAGAAAAGAAGUACAUCUUAGUGCCAUGUCCUGCAGUCGUAGUGAAGUAA